AGUCAGUAGAGUUACAGGAUGGAGUUCAGUCCACUCCCUGUGAUACUCUUGCUGAUUUCACUUCUACCAGUGGCCCAUGCUCAAGGGAGCCCAAAAGCUGUGGUGUCCAUAAAGCCUGAUACACAUGUGUUCACUGGAGAGCAUGUUACUUUCACAUGUGACAUACAGGGAGGACAAGGAGGCAUUCAGUGGAUAUACAGCUGGAAUAAGAAUAAUAACAAACUUACAGAAGGAGUAGAUAUAGUCUACACAGUCUAUACAAAGCAGAGGUUCAGAAUCAGGUCUGUUAAAGACUCUGACAGUGGUGACUACACCUGCAGCAGAGAGAGACGUGACUCUCAGAGUUCAGAGAUCAGUGAUACUGUUACACUGACUGUAUCGGAAAAACCCAAGCCAACUGUGAGAGUGAAUCCUCAGCGCUCUGUCUACCCUGGAGACACCAUCACUCUGAGUUGUGAGCUGCAGCAGUCGACUGGGUGGGAGUUUCAAUGGUACAAAAAUAAACAGCAGUUACAGCUUCUGAACAGUGAACAAGCAAACAAACUUAACAUAACAGUCAGUAAUGCAGGAGAAACAGCAUACCAGUGCCGUGCACGCAGGAGAAACUACUACUAUUACUACACAGUGUUCUACGAAUACUACAACACAGAGUUCAGUGAUCUUGUCAAGAUUACAGGGAGAGGUGAAUCUCCUCCAGUCUCUCUGAUCAUCAAACCCAGCAGAACUCAACACUUUAUGAAAGACUCUCUUUCACUGAGUUGUGAGGACCAGAAUAACUCUACUGGAUGGACAGUGAGACGAGACACACACAGUGAGGGAGUGUCAGAUUGUUCUACAUCUACGGGUACAUGUGAAAUCAGCUCCCUCAACACAUUCGAUACUGGAGUUUACUGGUGUCACUCUGAAUCUGGAGAAAACAGUAAUCCUGUUAACAUCACAGUGCAGGAUGGUGCUGUGAUCCUGGAGAGUCCUGUCCAUCCUGUGACUGAGGGACAUCCUCUGACUCUACGCUGUUUAUAUCAAAACCCAAAUUCCUCAAACCUCCGAGCUGAUUUCUAUAAAGAUGGAUCAGUCCUCCAGACACAGACUACAGGAGAGAUGAUCAUCCAUAAGGUCUCAAAGUCAGAUGAAGGUUUCUACCACUGUAAACACCCAGAGAGAGGACAGUCACUGAAAAGCUGGGUCUCAGUCAGACGUCCAUCACGUGUAGAAGCUCCAUUCUCAGUGCUCAUGCUGAUCUGUAGUGUAGUGACGGCCUCUCCGUAUCUGUUGGCAACCAUCAUUCUGCUGGUCAAAUGUUACAGAGCUCGAAGUGGCCUCAGUGGGGUUGUGGCUGUGGCUGUGCUGGUUGAUGUUGAGGCAGGGCUGGCUGAGGAGGUUGCUGCAGCUGAUACUCUUUAUGUUGCUGAUGGUAUGGACAGAGUGCUCAUCAUUUCUGACAACAUCACCAAAGAGAAAGCCAAGGAUGCCUUCUACUACCAACUGAAUGGUGAACUGAGGCAUGUCUCCCAGCCUGAUAUCAACAUGGUGCUCAAGGAUAUAAAUGCCACAGUUGGAUCAAACCAUAUCAGUCUUGAGCACAUCACUGGGCCUCACCCUUUCCCCUUCACUACCACCACCAACAACAGUGUCUGCAUGCUGGAACGCUAUGCUACGCACAACCUGAGGAUCAUGGGCAGUUGGGUCCAGCAUUUUCAGAUCCACUGCACCACCUGUGGUUCCUACACCUGCAGAGGACAGGAUUCAGAGAUCAGUGAUGCUGUUACACUGACCGUAUCAGAAAAACCCAAAGCGACUGUGAGAGUGAAUCCUCAGAGCUCCGUCUACACUGGAGACACCAUCACUCUGAGCUGUGAGCUGCAGCAGGGGGCUGGAUGGGAGUUUCUCUGGCGUAAAUAUAAUCAGCAUUUGCAACAUCUGAACACUGAAGUUACAGACACCAACACACUCAGCGUGACAGUUAAUACUACAGGAGAAACAGUAUAUCGGUGUGGAGCACGCAGGCAUAACACACGGACAGACUACUACACAUACUACAGUAAUGAAGUCAGGAUUACAGCAAGAGGUGCUCUGUCAGCUCUGCCGUCAGUGGUGUUGGCAGAUGGGGAGCUCCUCCGUGUGGCGGUGUGGACGUCGCUGCCUCAGCUCCUGCGAUGUGUGGCCGAGAAUCCUGAUAAACAGGUGUUCAGUGGAGACGACGUCACUCUGAGAUGUGACAUACAGGAUGAAAGUGUCUCUAGCUGCCAGUACAGCUGGUAUAAAGAUCCUUCACACAGUCGUGUCAGUAGUGAACAGAUGUACACAAUCAGUGGUGUUAAAGUGACCCACACAGGUAACUACACCUGUAGAGGAGCAGAGAGAGGAGGCUCACGCUCAUCACACUUCAGUGAUGCUGUUACACUCUGUGUAACAGAGAGACCACCGCCAGUACUGAGUGUAUCUCCACAGAGCUGGCUGACUGAAGGAGACUCAGUGACUCUAAGCUGUGAGGUUACAGGCUCCUCAACAGACUGGACAUUCAGCUGGUACACAACUGUUCCCUACAGAUCCGGAUUAACUCAAAUAACAAAUAGUCGUGGCUAUAGCAUGUCUGUGGAGCUCCUCUCAGACAGCAGCAGAGGAUCUGGAGGCAAAUACACUCUCAGUCCUGCUGCUCUGAAACACACAGGAGUUUAUAUGUGCAGAGGAGAGAGAGGAGAACCAGCCUUUCACACACCGUACAGCAAUCCACAGCCUCUAUGGAUCACUGGUGAAUCUCCUCCAGUCUCUCUGAUCAUCAAUCCCAACAGAACUCAACACUUUACUUCUGACUCUCUCUCACUGAGCUGUAACUCUACUGACCAGAGUCGUUCUACUGGAUGGACAGUGAGACGAUACACACACAGUGAGGGAGUGUUAGAUUGUUCUCCAUGUAAAAUCAGCUCCCUCUCCACAUCCUACACUGGAGUUUACUGGUGUCACUCUGAAUCUGGAGAAAACAGGAAUCCUGUUAACAUCACAGUGCAGGAUGGUGAUGUGAUCCUGGAGAGUCCUGUCCAUCCUGUGACUGAGGGACAUCCUCUGACUCUACGGUGUUUAUAUCGAAACCCAAAGCCCUCAAACCUCCGAGCUGAUUUCUAUAAAGAUGGAUCAGUCCUCCAGACACAGACUACAGGAGAGAUGAUCAUCCAUAAGGUCUCAAAGUCAGAUGAAGAUUUCUACCACUGUAAACACCCAGAGAGCGGAGGGUCACGGAAAAGCUGGGUCUCAGUCAGACUGCUGGUUUCACUGAUACCAGUGGCCCAUGUUCAAGGGAGAGUUAAAGCUGUGGUGUCCAUAAACGCUGAUACACAUGUGUUCAUUGGAGAGUAUGUUGCUCUCAGAUGUGACACACAGGGAGGACAAGACACUCAGCAGUCAUACAGAUGGUAUAAAAAUACAGAUCCACUCUCCACAGAGGGAGGACAUAUAGUCUUUGGACUCUACACAAACCAGGAGUUGUGUCUCUGUCCUGUUGGUGACUCUGACCGUGGUUCCUACACCUGCAGAGGACAGGAUUCAGAGAUCAGUGAUGCUGUUACACUGACUGUAUCAGGUGAAUCUCCUCCAGUCUCUCUGAUCAUCAAUCCCAACAGAACUCAACACUUUACUUCUGACUCUCUCUCACUGAGCUGUAACUCUACUGACCAGAGUCGUUCUACUGGAUGGACAGUGAGACGAUACACACACAGUGAGGGAGCGUUAGAUUGUUCUCCAUGUAAAAUCAGCUCCCUCUCCACAUCCUACACUGGAGUUUACUGGUGUCACUCUGAAUCUGGAGAAAACAGGAAUCCUGUUAACAUCACAGUGCAGGAUGGUGCUGUGAUCCUGGAGAGUCCUGUCCAUCCUGUGACUGAGGGACAUCCUCUGACUCUACGCUGUUUAUAUCGAAACCCAAAGCCCUCAAACCUCCAAGCUGAUUUCUAUAAAGAUGGAUCAGUCCUCCAGACACAGACUACAGGAGAGAUGAUCAUCCUUAAGGUCUCAAAGUCAGAUGAAGGUUUCUACCAUUGUAAACACCCAGACAGAGGAGAGUCACUGAAAAGCUGGGUCUCCGUCAGACGUCCAUCACGUGUAGAAGCUCCAUUCUCAGUGCUCAUGCUGAUCUGUAGUGUAGUGACGGCCUCUCCGUAUCUGCUGGCGACCAUCAUUCUGCUGGUCAAAUGUUACAGAGCUCGAGCUCAGACUGUUGAAGAGAGAAUUGAGAAUGCAGUCCUAGAGGAGUGAGCAAAUUCAUCAAUAAAAAGAGGAUGCAUUUACUGGAAAAUAAUUUCAUGUCUUCUUCAGGGUUUUCUAAGGAUUUUAAAAGAAUCCUGAUUUGUCAUUUUCAUGUUAAUUUUAAUAGCUGACUAAAGUCAGAGCGGUUGGUGAAAAGCCCAGUGAUACUGGAGUUAAAAUAAGUGAAGCUUUGUGUGUCUGCAAAAUAAAAACAAGUGAAUUGACUGUUAUCUGAAACAUGGUGGGGAACUAACAUUGUAUUUUGUGUUCUCAGUAUUAGUUCUCCCACUACUGUAUUUGUCCUGCUGUGUUUUUCUAUUUCUGUGUGGUUAGCUCUAGAUGAAUUACGAGGAGUAGACUUACAAUCUGUUAGAUACUGUUAUAUUUUGUUUGACUUUUCAGCUGUGUGAAGCUUAAUUGUAGUUGUGUGAGGAGAUUUGUGGAUGAAAUGAUUUGAUCAAUUAAAAAAAUGCACCAUUA